GUGGUUAGGCUACAAUUCGUCUAGCAAAAGCUCUCGUUUUCUAUUGAGAUUUUGUGUUUUUGUGAUUAUGUCAAAAUGUUAUUUGUGUAUUUCUAUUUAGUUAGGUUUUCUAGUACUAUGAGAGCUGGGAAAUCGAUACAAAGCACGUAAACUGUGCGCCUAUAACCAUGUUGCAUAAUAAUCAAUUUGGACCGAACGAUGUUAGUGGUCAAACGAAUUUGACAUCCACUGAACAGAUAAAUUUACAAAAUAAUGUAAAUAAUCAAAACAAAGCAACACAGCAAUUAUCGCAAUCUAUAAACCCAGGUUUUAACUUACCAGAGUAUUCGUACGGGUUAAAUAUGAACGCGGGAAUAAGUCACUAUCCAAAUUUCCAGACGUUAGGUCUACCACAGAACUUUAUGCCACAAAAUCCGAUGCAUUGGCAGAACAACGUCAUGCCGAUGAAUUUGAACAUACAGAACGGGCCCUAUGGAAUUCCAUUUGAUAGAAAGUCGUUACAUAAAGAAACUACUUUUCUGAACGUACCCCAAGUCACACCAAAGUAUAAACAUGCAGAAGCUACUCAUAUCAAUAACUAUCAACAAUUCAAUCAUAAUUUCAUGUUCGACACUCAAGACACGCGCGCAGUGGGAAGUUAUAGCGACGAUAGUGCAAGAAACAUAAAAAAUAUAGACAAUUUUAAACACUACACGGACAAUAAUUUAGAUCUGACAGUUAAAGUUAGUUCACAAAAACGUGAUAUAGAUAAAAUGAACCAUAUAGAUGCAAAAGAUACAUCUCAUCCAGAUAAUGUUAUAUUGAAGGAUUAUUUACAGAAAAAUAAAGAAAUCAGUGUAAAACCGAGCAAAGUAGACGCAGUGUGUAUGAACACCAACGAAAUAGUUAACACGAAUAAGGAAAGUAACAAGGUAGAGUUUGGCGAUAGAGACAUAACAUUUAAUGAAGGUUUUAGUAUGAAAUCCUACAAGGACUCGGAUUCUCGUAAACGAAGUUUAGAAAAGACGCUACGGAUGUUAGAGAUAAGUAUAAUUAACAGUACUAAUUCUAGACAAAACAAGCCGGAAGAAUCAAGCAAUCCUACAAAUAGCCUACCAGAUAAUUUAAUUAUUGAAAAGAAUGUUCACACAAAUGAUGUAAAACAGUCUAGCGAAAAUGGAAAAGCACUUGAUGAUGCUACAAAAUGUUUAAAAAAUGAACCGAUACCCGAAAAGGUGGAAGUUAAAGUUGAAACGAUGCCAAAUAUAGCUGAAUCGGAUUCCAAUAAUCCAUUUCAGAGGGAUAGCUUUGGUGUACGUAGUGAAGAGGUAUUUAAUUGUAAUAUAUACGACUCUGAAAUUGGACAGAAUAUAGCUAGAGAGUUGAUAAAGAAUGGCACAACAACAGAGUCCUAUUUCGAGUGUCCGUAUUGCAGUCUCUUCUUUAACAACCCGAAACGUUUCUUGAUUCACACGAAGUGGCAUUCGUUCGGUUUGACGAACGAGAAACGAUUGGAAUUGCAACGGGAGAAGGAGUUGAAAAGACAGAUGAAGAAGGAAGCCAGAAUAUUGGAGAAAAAACAACAGACUGAAGUGAAGAAAGUCGAAGAGCCGGAAGAUUAUAACUGCAAGAUAUGUCAGAAGUCGUUCAAUACAUAUGGUAGUCUGAAAAACCAUAGACAAAAGCUGCACCCAACCAGAUCGCGUAAUUGCAAGGUCUGCGGCAAGAGUGUAUUGGGCUGGGUCGCCAUGAAGGCGCACUUGGCCACACACGAUGGGGCAGACAGCGGUUUCCACUGCCCCGAAUGCCCCAAGCGGUUCAAGCAUGCGCACUCGCUGGCGAAACAUCGGGACACGCACAAGGAGAAGACGCACGCGUGCCCCCAGUGCCCCAAGAUGUUCGGCUCGGCGACGCUGCUCGGGAUACACAUGAAGACGCACGAGCGGAUGCUGCGCGGCGCCACCUUCCGCUGCACCUACUGCGGGAAGGGCUACUUCGAGUCGUUCAGCCUGGCGGCGCAUGAGAGAACGCAUAGAAACGAGAAACCAUUCCAAUGCGAGAUAUGCAGCACGAGGUUCGGGACCAACUCGAGUUUGAAGAGGCAUUUGAAAGUGUCACACAGCACGAACAAGCCGUUCGUGUGCUCCACGUGCCACAGGUCCUUCAUGUCCGAGGCGAUACGGGAUAGGCACGAGCUGCGUUACCAUGGCAACCCGGAGGAUUUCAAAUAUCCAUGCAACCUGUGCUCGUCCAAGUACUUCGAACUGAAGGACCUGAAGAAACAUCUGUACAAAGUGCACCCGAAAGUGAAGAGAAAGAAGCACUCGGAUAGUGAUUAUUCGGACGAAUAAAUUGUUUGAUUAACUAA